GCGAGAGGUCCCGAGUUCAAUUCUCGGAAUGCCCCCAUAUGCCAACAAUGAUUUUUAUCAAACUGAAACUGUUCAUUCACAAGUCAGAAAAACAGUACAACUGUUCUGCACAGCCGCAUACCAUCACCGGAUCACCCUAUGGCCUAUAAGCUGUGGUAAUAUGCAGUACAACUCUCAAAAAGCAGUAUCAAACUCACAUUUAUACUAAUCGAUGGGCAAACAAACAAAAAAGCCAAAUUUAUUAUCAUUCUAACUUUCUUAGCAACUUGCAUCCAAUCAUGCACCAACAAGACUAAAAUAAUAAGACUAUCACCAAAAAUAUAAGAGAGUAAAAGACCAAGUUAUGAGUUAUCACAUUUUAGAUGGGAAAUAAAAAGUUAGUAAGUAGGUCCUCCUCAGUCCUCACCACUAUUUCUGAACCCUAAGCCGCUGUUGUCUCCUCCCUUAUACUGCAGCUGCGGCCGCCACCGCUGCUGAUCUAUCUGUCUGCUUUGAUUCUCCACACGCCCACUGAUCCAAUUCAUUCAUUCUUCAACCACACCAAUCAUGUUCACCGGAAUUGUCGAAGAAAUGGGCACCGUCGAGAAAAUCGGCGCCGCCACACACGACGGCGCCGGAACCAGUGCUUUCAUCAUGAAGAUCCAUGCCAAGACCGUCCUGGACGGCAUCAGCCUCGGCGACAGCAUCGCGGUCAACGGGACCUGCCUCACCGUUACGGAGUUUGACGCGUCUACCUUCACCGUGGGCAUGUCGCCGGAGACACUGAGGAAGACGUCGCUGGCAGAACUGGAAGUCGGGUCGGCGGUGAAUUUGGAGCGGGCGUUGACUCCAACGAGCCGCAUGGGGGGACACGUGGUACAGGGUCACGUGGACGGCACGGGGGUGAUAUUAUCGAAGGUUCCAGAAGGGGAUUCGAUAUGGGUUAAGGUGAAGGCGGAGAAGGAGGUGCUGAGGUACGUUGUGCCAAAAGGGUUCAUAGCCGUGGAUGGCACGAGUUUGACGGUUGUGGAGGUUUGUGAUGAAGAAGGGUGGUUCAGUUUCAUGCUUGUGGCGUAUACACAGCAGAAGGUGGUUAUUCCGUUGAAGGAGGUUGGGCAGAAAGUUAAUUUGGAGGUUGAUAUUUUUGGCAAGUAUGUGGAGAGGUUCCUUGGCGGUUAUGCUGCUUCAGCCUCAUCUUCAAGUUCUUGAUCGCUUUUUUUCAUUUUGAAUUUUCUUCUUGUUAGCAAUUUUGUUGUGGGGACAAAGAUUGAUGAUAGAGCAUGCUGAGUUUGGAGGAUAAAAUUCAUUUCCCGUCAACAAAAUAUUUGUUUGCCUUCAAAAUCAAGCCCAUGCUAUUGCUGAUUUAUAUGUAUUUGUAUGAGAGCUACUCAACUUGCAUUAUCGGUUGGGGAUAUGUGUAAUUGUUACUUGACUAAAGUUUGAUAAAAUAAAAAAGAAAAAGAAAUUUCUUACCGCUUUGGACAA